GGAAAGUCAUUAUGUUUUAGUCCUAUUUAGUGCAAAUUUUACAUUAGGAAUCCACCCUACAAUCUACAUCAUCUUCUUCUCUCCCUCUCUCUCUCUCUAUCUCGCACAUCAUCGUCUUCUCUACCUCUCUGCAAUCGACUCUACAUCUCCCUCUGAAAUCAAAGUCGCCCACUCCCUCUGAAAUCGACCCCAUGUUCUCCGUCAUCUUCUCCGACCAAAGAUCCCAUGCUCUCCGUCAUCCUCUCCCUGGAUUCUCGACUAAAUUGUAGAAAUUGCUAAGAAAUUUGGAAGUUAUAAAUUGCUGGAGAUCUGGAGUGGAGUGCUGAGGCUUCUCAAAAGGUGUUUCAAGUAUGAAGCGAUCAAUAGAUGUGCCCAAUCACAGGAUGUGCCUUCAACGAAUCUGUCUCAUGUAGAGAUAGCAAAAUGCGAAGAUACAAGUCUUUUGACAACGGGUGCAUCAAAAUCACAUAUACCACACCCUAAAAGAAAACCUAGGCCUGGGUGUCGGUACAUUGUAAAAGGACCGAAAAGAAGAGCAGAAUAUUAGAAUGAUUUUGAGUUGUUCUUAGAUGAUCAAGAUAAUGUAUGAGCGGAAUGUGUACACUAUGACUCAACUUUUGCUACUGAUUCCGCUCGAAAUGGGUCCAAAAACUUGAAACUACAUCAUGCUCGUUGUGAAAAAAAUCCACUGAAUAAAGGCAAAGGUAAGCAAGCUACUAUUCACUUUUAACCUAUUGAUGGUGAGGAAGAUUCACUGUUUGUUACUAGUAAUUCUUUGUUCUUCCAUAUUAGUCAUACUUAUAAUUUGUUGAGCCAAUGGUCGUUGAAUGGAGACCAAGACUUUGAAGCUAUGGCUAUUAAAAUGAAGGAAAAGUAUGACAAGUAUUGUGGUGAUAUUGACAAGAUGAACAAGUUGAUAUACAUGGGUUUGAUUCUUGACCCAAAUUUAAAGUAUAUUGGCAUUCAAUUGAUUGUACAUUUUAUGUAUGGUCAAGACAAAGGGGAAACGGUUGCCGAAGAUAUAAAAAAGUUUGCAAAUAAAUUGUUUGAGGAAUAUAGAGUAAUUUAUACCCCCACAAUUCAUUUGAGUGGAGAAUCUUCUAUUUUGAGCACAAGUGCUUCAUCUUCAAAGGAAGGAAGUUUAGAUAUUAUGUACUCUAUUAGUGAACAAAUGGUUCAAGCUCUUAUAUGUGGGCAAGAUUGGAUUCGUGCACAACUUCGUAAACCAAAACUUGAUAUGGAAGAAAAUAUAGAAGAAUUAGAAAAAAUAGAGAAAGAUCUGAAGAAUGCAAACAUUGAUGAUGAAAUUAUCUUUGUCACGGAAUAAAUAGCUCGAUUACAAGUUUGGUGAAUGAAGUCCUCAUAUCUUGGCUCUCUAAAUUUGUCAUGGAUGCUGCAAAUUGCUUUUUUUGGUGAAUGGAUGGAUGCAAAUUACUUUUUUUUUGGUGCAAUUACAAUUUGUGGUGUUUUUGCUGCAAGUUUUGUGAAUGGAUGCAGCAAAUUACUUUUUUUGCUUCAAGUUCCAUGGUUACAUUUUUUUGGUGUAAACUAUUUUUUUUGCGAUACAUCUUUGUCACAGUCUC